AUGUCGAGUCACGAGAUCAUUGACCUCACCCUCUCGUCAUCGUCUGGCGGCGAGGACACCGCAGACGAGACACACGUCACGCGCGGAGACUCUUCAGAGGUCAAGCCUGCGGCCUCGCCACGCAAGAAGCGUGGUGAACGCUGGGGCCCCGAUCGAGACCGGCUGCUCAUCCUCGAAGCUGCAAGGGACGAUGCCAUCGUGGCGUGGCUUCACAGCCAUGCCGAGGUGGCGGGCUCCGCACUCACGGCGGCGGCCGAGAAGGCGUGGCCCGGCGGUCCGCGCAAUGGCUCACAAGCCGUCCGCAAGCGUCUGUGUCGGCUGCGCGACAGCUACUUCAAGCAUCGAGAGAAGUUGUCCCGCUAUUUUCGAAGCACCGAUGUUCUGCUGUGGACGCCUGAGAUGCACUCGUUUCCGUUGUGGUGGCAAGCGUACCAUCAGCGCAUUGCCUUGGCGCGGCACGUAGCAUCGACGGGAGACCGAGGAGAGAGCUGUGCAGCCGCGCCGGGCGAGGCGUCCGCCACAGCCUCAACGCCGCCGCCCGAGGCAUCCGCCGCAGCAUCGACGCUGCCGUUUGAGGCCUCGAACAACAACACGCAGCAAGGCAACGACGGAGCUGUCACCCAUUCGGCGUCGCCCGAGACAUCAGCCACGCCGGCAGGCAAUCGGAAGAAGGCCGAUGAUGUUGCGCUCAUCCACUGGUCUACGAACCGGAUUCGCCAGCUGAUUGAUGCCUUUUCGGAGUGCGAGAGGACGAUCGCCGCGCUGUACGACCAUCACGUCAAGUUCAGUGACGCACACGUGAGGGAGAUCGCACGUCGCCACCGUCCGCGCUCCCCGCUCUUGCCCAGCACAAUCCUCAAGCAUCUUGCUGCGCUGGGCGACACGUUUGACCAAGCAAAAGCCAAGAUUCCCAUGCGCGACGCUGUGGAGCACCUCGAGCUCGACGACUGGCCCGCAGAAGCUGGAGAUCCGCCGCGCGAGCCAGCGUGGUGGAAGGACUGGUACAACAAGAUCUGGUUGCGAAGGCCAACGGCGCUACCGUGUCUCUACAAGGGCGCGUGGUCGUACUUCCAGCCGCUCUUUGCAGAUCUGUGCACUGAGCGCGUGCUCUUCAACAAAGACGUGGCGGACGAGGCGGCGGCACAGGCUCUUGGCAGACUUGUACGCCACGGCUUGAAGUGCAAGGGCGAAGGCGAGGAUAAUCCUUAA